UAUUUUAAUUACGUGCACUCUCCAGAUUUGGCACAUUCUCUCGAUUUAUUUUUCCAAAAUCUUCGACGAGAGAAAAUUCCACAUCUCGGCAUCGUCAAUCGUGGCUCUAUGAUUCUCUAUUCUCCAAAAUUAUCUGGAUUGUGAAUUGUGGUAUUUGGGCUAAGCAUGAAGCAAGUGUAUGCGUCCAAUUGAUGUUCAAACUUUUAGUGUUACACUAGAUUCAGGUGGGGAUAGUAAUGGAAUCGAUGUUUUCAAGUGUAGUGAAAUCUACAUUAGACUGGAUAACCUUGAUUCUUGAUGCUCCCUCUGCUCGGGCAGUUAUAUUUGGUGUGCACAUUGGAGGACAUUUAUUUGUGGAGGUUCUUCUUUUGGUGGUUAUAAUUAUUCUCCUUUCCCAGAAGAGUUACAAGCCCCCCAAGCGGCCCUUAACAAAGAAGGAAAUAGAUGAGUUAUGUGAUGAAUGGGUUCCAGAGCCACUUAUCCCGUCACUCACAGAAGAGAUGCUGUAUGAACCGCCAGUGUUGGAAAGUUCUGCUGGACCGCAUACAAUUAUCAAGGGAAAAGAAGUAGUGAAUUUUUCAUCUGCAGAUUAUCUUGGAUUGAUAGGCCACGAGAAGUUACUUGAUUCAUGUACACAUGCAUUGGAGAAAUAUGGUGUAGGUUCAUGUGGUCCUCGUGGGUUUUAUGGGACAAUUGAUGUACACCUUGAUUGUGAAGCCAGAAUAGCAAAAUUUUUGGGAACUCCAGACUCAAUUCUGUAUUCUUAUGGACUUUCUACUACGUUUAGUGCAAUUCCAGCUUUUUGUAAAAGAGGAGAUGUCAUUGUAGUGGAUGAGGGUGUUCAUUGGGGAAUACAAAAUGGGCUAUAUCUAUCCAGAAGCACAAUUGUAUAUUUCAAGCACAAUGAUAUGAAAUCCUUGAGAGAUACUCUUGAGAAAAUCACUGUCGGGAAUGAAAGAGCUAAGAAACUGCGACGCUAUAUUGUGGUUGAAGCAGUGUACCAGAAUUCUGGUCAAAUUGCACCAUUGGACGAGAUUGUCAAAUUGAAGGAGGAGUAUCGAUUUCGUGUUAUAUUGGAUGAGAGCAACUCCUUUGGCGUACUUGGCUGCACUGGAAGAGGUCUCACAGAACACUGUGGGGUUUCUGUGGAUAAGAUAGAUAUAGUAACUGCCGCUAUGGGGCAUGCGUUGGCUACAGAAGGAGGAUUCUGCAGUGGAAGCGCUAGAGUCGUUGAUCACCAGCGCCUGAGCAGUUCGGGUUAUGUUUUUUCUGCUUCAUUGCCCCCAUAUUUAGCUUCUGCUGCCAUUACUGCCAUAGAUCUUAUAGAGGAAAAUCCUAUUCUGUUAACAAAGCUGAAAAAGAACAUAGCUAUUUUGUGGCAAGGAUUGUCAGAUAUACCAGGCCUUAAACUAGGAAGCAAUCAAGAAUCACCCAUUGUCUUUCUCUUAUUAGAGAAAUCUACAGGGUCAAUACAAAUUGAUCUACAACUCCUUGAAAACAUUGCUGAACGUGCCCUCAAGGAAUACUCUGUAUUUGUUGCGACUUCUAAACGAUCGACGGUUGAUAAAUGUCGAUUACCAGUAGGAAUCAGGCUGAUGGUGUCUGCUGGCCAUUCUGAAUCUGAUUUGCUGAAGGCUAUAGAAUCAUUGAAAAGCGUUGCAGCAGUGGUGCUCAAGGAUCAAAAAUAGGUGUGGAUGUCGAAUAGCUUGAUGCAGGGCCGACAAAGAUGUUUCUGUUGUCAUUUAAUAGUUGUUUCAAGGUUAGAAUCAUGAUUUUCUUGUACCCUUUUAUGUUUAUUCUGCCGGGGUUAGGAGUUUAGCAGGAUCAAUAAUCAUCUUGUUACAUCCAUUUUAACUGUUGUUGUUGCUUGGGGAGGGGGGAGAAUAAUUUAUCAUCUUGUUUGCUUGUUAGGAUUUUUUGCUAUAGGCUGAUAUUCUUCCUUCAAUUGCUUUGGUAGUUACAGAAUUCAUAAUUCAUUUUGAAGUCUCAAUAUUCUGGUUUCUGCAUAGUUGGAUGGUUCAUGUUGACUAGAUACUGUAAUUGUUGAUCAUUAUAUUUGGAAUAUUUAGAUUGUUGUUAUAAUCUUAUAUAUGAAGCUAUUUCAUUCAAA